AUGAAGUACUUUAUACACAUCGUUUGUAUGUUCGCGAUCCGCGUAAUCCUUUUCCAACCUCAUGGCACGACCAAUGGCGAACAGGUGAUUAUGCCAAAUGGUUAUUUAAGACAUGGAAACACACAAGGCACCCACAUGCAAGCGGGAACACCGGAAGCGGCAACGGCAGCACAACAACAACACAACAGUGGCGUUAUUCUAGGUACAUCGAGUGCAGGUCAUACAACGGAUUCGCACGACGCUCCGAAGCAAACGAACGACGACGCGGCGAACAUAAAGACCGGCGACCCGGACUUCUGGGGACAGUGGGACAAUGAUACUAAAUCCUGGGAUGUAGGUGACGGAUCCCCAAGUGCAUCAGCAGGAGCAAAACAGGAAGGAGCACAACCCGACAACCAUGCGAAAGCGGGACCCAGUGGCUCGCAAACGGAUAGUUCCCCUGGGACUAAUACUGAAUCGACAAAACUCACAGAUCCAGGCUCCGCAGCGGAUACUCCCUCUGUGCAGAAGGAUGAUGAAACCAAUCAAUCCGGUGUUACAGGAAACCAACCCACACAGAACGGGGCAGGGGAACGACACAGUUCAGACGACUCCAUCGUCUCCUUCUUCUACGAAUGA